AUGGCCGACUCGACCGACGAUGAACGCGAAGAAGAACUUUCCUCCAUCGCCGCUAUUUUCCCCGAGUUAGCCCUCGAUCCCGCCAACGCUUUUAAAGCUUCAAUCGACCUUACCGUUGCACCCUCGGUCCCGCUCGCCGUUACCUUUCCCCAAGCCGUCGACGGCGCUCUGCCGAAAUCUCUCCCCACCCCACCCUCUUCCGACAAUGAAGAGCAUGCCCCGCCUGCGCCUCCGAAACCGCCCGCCCAUGAAAUCCACUGCCUCUCCUACCUCCCGCCGCUACGCCUACAAGUAACCCUGCCCAACGGCUACCCCGCCCAUCACCCGCCACAGUUCGACCUUUCGACAUCGCCCAAAUGGCUGCCGGACGCCGCCCUGAACAAGCUGAUAGAUGAGGGCCCCGCUCUGUGGGAGGAAUACGGCCGUGGCCAGAUCGUCUUCGCGUACAUCGAUUUCCUGCAACAGGCCGCCGAGCGGUGCUUCGACCUCGUUGGUGACGACGGCGCCGUCAUCGAAGUUGCCGAGGACAUGAAGAUUUCGCUGCUGGACUACGACAUCAAGGCCAAGCGCGAGAGGUUUGAGCAGGAAACCUUCGACUGCGGCGUCUGUCUCGAGCCGAAGAAGGGCACCGUGUGCCACCGCCUCAUGCGCUGCGGUCACGUCUUUUGCGUCGCAUGUCUGCAGGACUUCUACACCAAUUGCAUCAGAGAGGGGGAUGUCUCGAGCGUGAGGUGCAUGGAUCCGAGCUGUGGGAAAGAGGACAGGAAGAAAAAGAAGUCGGAGCGGACCGUUAGCCCGGGCGAGCUGCUGCAGAUACCCAUCGAGCAGGACAUGGUCAAGCGGUACGUGGAGAUGAAGCGCAAGAAGAAGCUGGAAGCGGACAAAGACACCGUCUACUGCCCGCGGAAAUGGUGCCAGGGACCCGCGCGCUCCAAGAAAUAUCCCAAGAUCACCGACCUCACCCAGCUGGUCGAGUCCGACUCGGAGGGCGAGGACGAAUCCGGCACUCCGCCGCGUGACAGGGUUGAGGAGCAGAUGCGCGGAUCCAAGUCGGGCGACCGACUGGCGGUCUGCGAGGACUGCGAGUACGCCUUCUGCCGCGUGUGCCUGGCCGGCUGGCACGGCGAAUUCGUGCGCUGCUAUCCGCGCAGCUCCACCGAGCUGACAGAGGAGGAGCAGGCCUCGUACGACUACUUGCGCAUGCACACCUCACAGUGCCCCACCUGCUCGUCGCCCUGCCAGAAGACGCACGGCUGCAACCACAUGUGCUGCUUCCAAUGCCGCACCCAUUUCUGCUACCUCUGCGGCGCCUGGCUCGCCCCAGACAACCCGUACCAGCACUUCAACAACAAGAACACCGGAUGCUACAUGCGCCUGUGGGAACUCGAGGAGGGCGACGAGGGCAACGCCAACAACAACAACGCCGACCGCCCUGUCCGCUUCGACGGCGCCCGCGGCUGGGAAGCCGCCAUCGCCGCCGCCAACGAGGCCGACGCGCGAGACGUCCAGGCCGCCGAGAACGCCGCCGCCGCCGCUCCCGGAGACCAGCAGAAUCACGCCGCUCCCGCCGCUCUGCCCCUCGUCCCCAUGCCGCCGCGCGCUGCAAACGGCCCGCCUCUCGUCGUCGACGUGAACCAGCUCCCGCCUCUCGUCGUCGAGAUGGAUCGGCUCCGCAUCGCCGCCGUUGCCCAACGCGGCCAGCACCAAUACCACCCCCCGCGUCGCGCCCACCCCAACCAGCACAACGAUAACAACAACAACAACAACAACAACAACAACGCGAACAACCAAGCCGCUGCAGCGCCCCGCAACCACCACCACCACCGCCUCCCCGCCGGCGGCCCCGAAGCUAACGGCGCCGCCGGCCGCCACGUGCGCUUCCGUGGCAACGCCCGCGUCGAUGGUGGCCAGGACCAGCAGCAGGCUGUCAGGCAUGCGGACGACGCGCUGCAGCGCUUCUUGGCGGCGGCGCAGGCGGAUGAAGAGGACGAUUGGGAUAGCGAUGAGUUGGAUGGGGAUGGGGAUGAGGCCUGGGUCAUUCCGGAGCGGUGA